AUGACGGCAAUCGGCCCUUCAACAAUCGAAAACCUUCGCAGUCGCCUGACCACCGCGACUGUCUUAACUCCGGUUUCUAAAGGAUACAAUGAAAGUCUCAUUCGGUGGUCUGACACGGGCAGGAAGCAAGCAGGAGUGGUGGUUCAACCAAUUGACAUCGCAGAUAUUCAAGCUGCGCUGCUCUGGGCACAAGAACACUCAGUGGAUAUCGCCGUAAAGGGUGGUGGGCAUUCGACUGCGGGAACGAGCUCGAGCGAGGGAGGUUUGGUCAUCGAUCUCUCACGCAUGACGAAUGUCUCUGUCGAUGUCUCCAGCAAGACUAUCACAGCUCAAGGUGGUGCGACCUGGAAAGAGGUCGAUGAGGCCGGAGCAGCUCAUGGUCUGGCGACCGUUGGAGGAACUGUGAAUCACACCGGCAUCGGUGGACUGACCCUGGGCGGGGGUUACGGCUGGCUCAGUGGUCAAUACGGCCUCGCGAUUGACAAUCUUCGGUCGGCUCGAGUGGUACUGGCUGACGGCAGCUUGGUGACGGCGUCGGCGACCGAGAAUCCCGAUUUAUUCUGGGGAUUGCGCGGUGCAGGAUACAAUUUUGGAGUGGUCGUGGAGUUCACUUACCAGGCAUACGACCAGAGUCCACUGGUCUACGCGGGAAUCCUUGGAUUUUCUUCAGACAAGCUAGAACCGAUCAUUCAGCAGCUCAAUGGCACUCUGGCAAACCCGGAUGCCCGGUCGGGAGCAAUGUGCAUCUUUGCUCAAGCACCGGAUGGUUCGGGUCCGAUAAUCAUCGUGAUCUGUUUCUACAACGGCACCCGUGAAGAGGGGCAGGACCGCUUUUCGGGGUUCUUGGCUCUGGAACCCCUCCUGAACACGGUGGAUAUGGUCCCUUACUCGGUGGUGAACACGCUGCAGAAUCAUCAAGCCACGUAUGGCGAUCGCAAGUCUUUCAAGGGCAUCUUCUACGAGCCCCCGCUGGAUCCUGGCUUCAUGCGAAGUGUCUUUGAGGAGUUCAUGGCGAAGCUCCAGAGUGAUGUGGAUCUGAUGCCGUCCGCCAUUAUUCUCGAGUUUAUUGACAUGCGCAAGAUUUGCGAGACGUCACUGCCGGCCACUGCGUUUGCAAGUCGCAAUAUGACACAGAAUGGGAUUCUGUAUAUGCGCUGGACCGACCCGACGAAGGAUUUGGAACAUCGUACCUGGGCGCGUGGUGUCCAGGCGAAGUGGAAGGCCGAGUUGGAGACGAAGAAGCGAGACUUGAACAGCAGCAAUGAUGUGCCUCAGUAUAUCAACUACGCUGAACGUAAGUUGUCCUGCUUUGCCAAAGAAAUGAUGAUAUCGAGUCUGCUCCUGACAUUGAUCACAGCGGGCGACUCGGUCGUUACGAACAUCUACGGUGAGAAUUUGGCCCGUCUUCAAUCGAUCAAGGCCCAAUAUGACCCGCACAAUGUGUUCCACAAGAUGCAUCCCAUUCCAUAA